AUGGGCGACAACUACAAGGACUACAGUCGCCAGCCGACCCACGUCGACCGGUCCGACCACCCCUCAGCCGACCACGAGUAUGGCGGGAACACCCGCGGCGAGCCCGGCGAGAAGAACUGGGCGGACAUGACGACCAAGGACCUGGAGCGGGCCGCCCAGGACAACCACGACCGGCCACUGGGAACGCUUGUUGGAGACUGGCGGGUUAAGGAGAAGGAGGGACCGGAAGAAGGCUACGUCGGCGGCACGUCAGCUUUCGGCGCUCCUCCCGGGCGUGACCUGCGUGACUACGCAGAGAACGAGCGGGGAGACGUCGGCCGAGCGUACGGCCAGCCUGAAGACGAUGCUUACUACGGCGGCUCUCGCGGCGGGCGUCAAUCGGCCUUCUCGCAGGCGUACACCGCCGAGGACCGAUACAGUUACGAGCCGCAGGGUCGCCAGAAGCAGGACUUCUUCUCCAAGAACGACAACCGCGGCUAUGACCCGGACGACACGAACUUUGUCAACGAUGUCCCGCCGCGUCCCGCCUACCGCACCUUGACGUUCUACGAGCGCUGUUGGUUGACCGGCUUCCAGCUUGGGUCGUUCAUCGGCACGACGCUCGCGUUCAACAUGAUCGUAAUCAUGUCGCUCGUCGUCUACGUCACGAACAAGCUUAACCCGCUGCACAAGUCGCCGCCUCGCGCCAAGGUCGAGAAGGAGUUCGAGGAGCGCAUCACGGGCGAGCGCUACUCGACACGUGCGGCCUACUACGCCAACUACUGGGGCUACGACUGCGAGGACAUCGACGUCGAAACCGAGGAUGGCUUCAUCCUCCGUCUGCACCACCUCACGUCGAAGAAGCACGAGAAGCGCGGCCACCCGGUCAUCCUCCAGCACGGUAUCCUGUCAACUUCCGUCACUUUUAUGGUCAACGAGGAGCGCUCGCUUGCUUUCUGGCUUCUCGAGCAGGGCUACGACGUUUGGCUCUCGAACAUCCGCACCAACUUCAAGAUGCCCCACCGCCACUACUCUCGCGCUGACCCGCGCUACUGGGCUUGGACGGUCCGGGAUAUCGGUAUCUACGACCUCCCGGCUAUCGUCGACUACGUCGGCAAGGAGACUGGACUCAAGCCCGCCUACAUCGGACACUCGCAAGGCUGCGGCACAAUGUACCUCGCUCUCUCGCGCGGCAUGCGCCCCGACCUGGGCAACAAGAUCUCGUGCUUUAUCUCACUCGCUCCCGCCGUUUACGCCGGACCUGCCCUCCGCCGCUUCCCCUUCUCGCUCAUGCGCAAGUUCGCCGGCUCGAGGAAGGUCUGGAAGCUCGUCUUUGGCGUCCGCGAGUUCAUCCCCGCCAUCGGUAUUCUUCAAGCAGUCUUGCCGGGCUGGCUCUUCGGCCACUUCGCCAACCCGACUUUCGCCUUCAUCUUCGGCUUCCACGACCACAACUGGGUCAAGCGCCAGAUUCCCAAGUUCUUCCGAACCGUCGCUGUGCCGAACAGCAGCGAACUCCUUCUCUACAUGAACGUCUUUGCCGGCAAGAACUGCGUCUUCGACACGCGCACGACCGAGCCGUGGUUCCCCGCCUCGAUGCCGCCUCUCGCCAUCUUCUACGGCACGCUCGACACGCUCGUCCUCGGCAAGCCCCUCGUCGAGCGGAUCAGGAGUCACGAGCCAAACGUCAGGCUCGUCAAGGCUGUCGCGCUUGAGAACUACGAGCACCAAGACCCGAUCUGGGCGCACACCGCCAUCAGGGAGGUGUACCCGGGCAUCAAGGAGGUCAUCGAGGAGACGCGCUACGGCUACAAGCGCGGCAAGCACGACCGAGUUUGA